AUGCCCGCGAAACUAGAAAUCGCAACGUUUACCCCCGCCUCCGCGCUUCUAGCUCUCAGAUCCGGCGCGCAGCGUAUAGAAUUUUGUGCUCAUAAGGAGAAAGAUGGAUUGACGCCUAACGCGGAGGAUUUCUCGAGUGUGUAUUCUGCAUCUGUACUGCAUGUGCAGAAUGAGAAGAAAAAAGAUGGGAAAGUCGAUGAGGAGAAAAGAGAGGGAAGUGGAGAUAUUAAUAUCAUGAUUCGACCGGUGGAUAAUAGUUCGCGGGGCGCAGGACCUGUUGAUAAUUUCCGCGUGGGAGAUGAAAUGUUUGAGGAGAUGAAGGGGGAGAUUCGCAGGUUUAGAGAGUUAGGGGGGAGGGGGUUUGUUUUUGGGAUUUUGAGGGAUGCUGAGGAGGGGGGGAGGGGGUUGGUGGUUGAUAGGGUGAGAUGUGCUGAGUUGAUUCGGAUUGCGAGGGAGGGGGAGGGCGGAGAGAAUGUGAGGUGUACGUUUCAUCGGGCGUUUGAUCGGAUUGAAAGGGCGAGGAUGGAAGAGGAAUUGGAAGUGCUCAUAACUCUAAACUUCACAUCUCUCCUCACGUCUGGUGGCGCUCCCACUUCGGUUCAAGGAGUUGUACAAAUCCAAAAAUUGGUACAGCAAGCAGCGGGUAGAAUUGAUAUCAUUGUAGGAGGCGGUGUACGCAGUAGAAAUCUCAAAGAGUUGGUGCAAGAAACAGGAGCGGGGUGGUUCCAUAGUAGUGCUGUGAUCGGGGACGGUGAAGAUGUAAAUGGCCAGGAGGUAGGGAAAAUGAGGGAUAUCUUAGGGGGUGCGAGAGUUGGUUAA